AAGGAGGAGGACGCUAAUAAGAAGUAAAAGGGAGAGAGUGAUGCUGUUGCUAGGGAACAGUGAAAAUGAGCCGUCCAUCUUUAGGAGCAUUAACAGAGACAGGGUUCUGUUCAGUUAGCCUGGGAAAUUAAACCCUGUGUUAAUACAAAGUGAGGGGUUUUUAUUUUCUGGUUAUGUAGAGAGGGAGAACAUUACAGGUGACAUUACGUAAUCGUCACAUCAGUGCUUGGUGGUUGCCGGUGUGACUGUAACCUGACAUGUUAACCAUAAUGGCGAUGAAGAGCUUAGACAGAGAGCCAUGCUGCAGGAGGCACAGGAGGCAAAGAACAUCUGGAUUCAACUCUUCUGGAUGAAAACGGCAGUGUGUAGAUGCUGAAUAGAGAAGUGCAUUGGGAAGCAGACGGAAUAGACACAGCACACAGACACACACACACACACACACACACACACAAAAUCUAGCCACACCAGACUGUCUGUCCAGUGCAGGAGAGAGAUUGAAGGAAAAAGGAAGAGAGACAGCGCAUGUGACUUCCUUUUCUUACACAAGUGGAGCACUAUGGAUUUAAGCAUGGCAAAAAAACAAGUCCAGGCCUGAGCAAGGGAAUACACACACACACACACACACACACACACACACACACACACACACAGAACAACAGAGAACACCCAGAGAGAGGAGUAUUUCUGGUGUGACUGUCCUUCGUACAGUGUGACCUGUCUGCGCCUCGGGACAGGAGGAUGGGGACGACAGAAGCCACUCUCCGCAUGGAGAACUUAGAGGUGAAGGAUGAGUGGCAGGAUGAAGAUUUCCCACGGCCUUUGCCGGAGGAUGGAGACCUUGAUGGACUUACUGACAAUCGCACGUCUCCCCCUGGCUCUUUGCAUGGAGGUCAUGGAGGCUCAGCAGCUCAGAGUAAACGCAGAACACUCAUUGCACCAGACAUAAAUCUGUCCUUGGACCGGAGCGAAGGGUCCCUCCUGUCCGAUGACAUCCUGGACACUCCGGAUGAUCUGGACCUUAAUGUAGAAGACAUGGACACACCAGAUGAAACAGACUCUUUAGAGUUCAUCACCAGCGGAAAUGAGUUGGAGUGGGAAGAUGACGCCCUUGUGGCACAAGCUAAAGUUGGUCCAGGUGACGGAUCGGGUCAGGGGGGUGAGGAGGGAGAUGGGACUGCUCGACUAUGGAGGACUGUGAUCAUUGGAGACAAAGAGCACCGCAUAGACAUGCAGAUCAUCCGACCAUACCUGCGCGUGGUCACUCAUGGAGGUUAUUAUGGCGAGGGUCUGAAUGCCAUCAUUGUGUUUGCGGCCUGCUACCUCCCGGACAGCGGCUGUGCCGAUUACCAUUACAUCAUGGAGAACCUCUUCCUGUACGUGAUCAGCAGUUUGGAGUUACUUGUAGCUGAGGACUAUAUGAUCAUAUACCUGAAUGGAGCAACUCCACGCAGGAGGAUGCCUGGCAUCAGUUGGCUCAAGAGGUGCUACCAGAUGAUCGAUAGAAGGUUAAGGAAGAAUCUCAAGUGUCUGAUAAUUGCACACCCGUCCUGGUUUAUUCGGACAGUUCUGGCCAUCUCACGCCCUUUCAUUAGAAUCAAACUACACUCUCUUGCCAGUGUGAAGUUCCUGGAUAAGGUUCGCUAUGUGCAGAGUUUGGAGGAGUUGGCUCAGAUCGUCCCUAUGGAGCAUGUGCAGAUCCCUGAGUGUGUGCUGCAAUAUGAUGAGGAGCGUCUCAAGGCCCAGACGGAAAGGCCUCCUGAAGACCAGAGACAGAGUGACAUAUCAGAUUCAGACAGGCCCAGGUCGAUGGCUGCGGAGACUUGUCCAUGACUGUAGCAAAGGACAAAAAGGGCAAGCUUUCUUCCUGGAACAUCAACAUCCCUGUAUGUUUUCUACAAAUCAUCAUCCAUCUGGCUGAAAAGGAGCUGUUGAGAGACUUUAUAUGCUAUCAGUGGCCAGUUUAAUAGGAACGACUGUGCGCUUGUGUGUUUGUGCUAUGAUCUGAUACUCAGCCGAACGCGUGGCAGCAGCAGAAGACUGGAAAGGCGACUGUAACCUCAUUCGUUCCUGUUCUUGGCUGACAGGAGUGAAAGCCAAUGUCUUCUGCUGUUAUAACCUCAUUGUUUAAUGUGUUGAGAAUUCUGAUAUACUUUUUUUACAUAGUGGCUGACUUUUCUUAGACCCGUCUAAAACCAGUCUGGUCAUCUCUCGUCCCAACAGUAAGGUGUUUUGCACUGUAGCAGAACUACUUUGCACUACUUUGGGUGGGUUUUUUUUCCCCUACACCUGUCCACCUGUCUGUCCAUCCUGUCUGGCACCAAAAUCACCACCAAAGUCAAAGAGAUCACAUUUUAUCUCAUUCUGAUGUGUAAUUAUCUGACUGCAUUUUUAUUUUUUUUUUUUACCAGAUACAGGUAUUCCUAUUAAUAUGGCCACUAAGCAUUUCCUCUUUAACCUGAUGCAUGACUUUGAAUGUAAAUAGAGACACUCCAUCACAUUAAAAGUACUCUAGCAGCUUUUUUUUUUUUUUUUUUUAAACAAAGCACCAUGUAAGCUUUUUCUAAAAAGAUAUCAAGUCGUUCUCAUCCUGGACCGUACGUAGGAUUCAUGAGUCGUAGGAUUGUAGUGUAUAAAUCAUGUGGAGAAGCUCGACAUGGACAUCCAUGUUUUUUGUCUUGCACUGAUACAGUUAUCUUGCACUAAUUGCUUUAACAGUCGUAUUUACUAACAUACACACAGUCAUUUUUUCCUCAUCAUUCCAGACAUCAUUCACACCAGCAGACUUUUGCCAGAUGCUGUAAAUGAAAUCCAGCUUUCUGUAAACUGUUAAAUAAUGUAUGCUUUUGGGGUUUUUUCCCAAAAGAUAACACUUCAUUAAUAACUCUUGGAUUUUAUGCUUUGUGUAUUACCGCAGUCCUAAAAAACAGGUCCGGGGUAUAAUAAUAAAAUAAAUGCUAUAGUCCUUGACCGUUAAUGUUCGCUCACAUAUUUCUCAAUAAUAUUCAUUUCCUACUAUCAUGUAACUACAGGAUUUCUUAACAAAAUUUCUGGGCCGUUUCUGAAUUUUUCAGUGAUGUAUCUACAGAAAUUCGAUUUUGUUCCACUCAAUCAGGAGGGAUGUAAAAAGUUCAAAUAUGUAGCCGGAUUAUUGUACAUAACUCUGUACAGUGUAUUGUAAGUAAAACAUUUGUAUCACACCGUGUUUGUUUCAUAGAUAAGGUUUUGUGUGAAUGACGUGAACGGUCAUCGAAGCAGACAUGAUUUAAUAAAGUAAAAACAACGGAAUUGAA